CGGCGGCGGAGGAGGAGAUGGAGACGGAGAUGGGGGUGAUGGUGAUAAGAAAGGAAAAGGAGUGCUGCGAGAAGACAGUGGGGAUGUGAGGAAAAUUAAAGUUAAAGUGGCGUGGACCUAUACUGGCAAGAAGGAGGAGAGUGUCCUACAUUGGAUUGCAGCCGUAGAGUCCUAUGUGUACGGCCAGCGCAUCCCGUAUUGGGAUAGAGUGUUGAUGACCACUUCGUGCAUGACCGACGAUGCGAUGAGCUUCGCCAUUUCGUUGCAAAAAGAAGCAAACUGCCAAACUAUGAUCGAAUAUUCACAGCAAACACGAAUUGAAGAUUUGUUUAAGGCAGUAAGGGAACGAUUUGAAGAUAAGAAUCUGGCUCGCCGAACUGAAAUGCUUAUUUUAAAUAUUGCGGAUCGGAAAUGGAAGAGUGAUUCUGCACUUGAAGCAACGAUGGAUGAAUUCUUGCAAUGCGUUGAACAUGGACUGACUCCUACUCAAAUCCUCAAUAACUUCGCAAGAGCAUUGCCUGACCCCCUUCGUACUCAGCUUUAUCCCCGUACAAAGGAAGAGGGGAUGACCUACGAGAAGUUCAACAAGAUCGCUAUAGAUCAUGCUGGUUUCUUGGCUGAAGCAAAUUACUGCCAUUAUUGGAAGGAUCUGCAAGCGGGUAAAAAGUGGCAGAACCGCACUAUCUCAGGAAACAUACCUGGGAAAGACAAUCUCCUUCUUACUUUUGAAGAAGGAGGUGUCGAGACUCUUUCCUAUGACCAAAUAGAUUAUGGUCUGGAAGGAGGACCCAACGGUUCGGUAGUUCAGGAGGGGGACUACGCGGCCGUUGCAGCCCGCGGGGGAGGGCGCCAAGGAAGAGGACGUGGCCGAGGUGCUGUACUCCAGCAGGAUGACGAGAAUGGAUACAAACCUGUGGAGUUCAUGUCCCGACGACUACCUAACGAGAAGGUCGCCGCUUCCACGUACGAGAGGGAGUUAUUUGCUCUCAGGGAAGCCCUUGAUCAUUGGCGACACUAUCUCCUAGGAAGGCACUUCAAAGUGUACUCAGAUCAUGAGACACUUCGCUGGCUUAAAACGCAGGUCCGGAUGACACCUAAGCUGACUAGGUGGGCCGCCGAAAUUGACCAGUAUGACUUUGAGUUAAAGCCAGUCAAUGGAACGUAUAACGUUGUCGCCGACACAUUGAGUCGAAGAUCAGAUUUCUUUGGUGUCAUUGUAACCUAUUUAGAUGUGGGCACCGACCUACAAGAAAAGAUUAAGAAUGCAUACUCCACUGACCCUGUCCAUGGCGCUAUGCUUAAGCGUAUGCAGGAAGCGCCAACAGAGUUUCCUAACUAUCGUAUCACGGAAGGACUGUUGUUUGAAAGGACUGAUGUGCAUGACAGGCUUUGUAUUCCAAAUGUAGAAGGGAUCAAGAGUUUGAUCUUGGGGGAAUGUCAUGACACCGAGGGCCAUUUCGGAUGGAAAAAGACUUACGCCAACCUUUGGCGUUCCGACACCUGGCCUCGCAUGAAACCAGACUGCAUUGCGUAUGUGCAGGGCUGUCAAGUGUGCCAAAGAAAUAAGAGCACCACACAGCCUCCCCUUGGUCUACUUAAGGCUUUGCCUAUUCCAACAGGUCCAGGAGACUCUGUGUCCAUUGACUUUAUGGACACCAAAGUAAAAAGCAGGAAUGGGAAGACGCAGGUAAUGGUAAUCGUAGACAGAUUUAGCAAGUAUGUUGUUUUUGUAGCACUACCAGCGGAAGCCAAAACGGAACUGGUAAUCCGAGAGUUCUUUAACCAUUUGGUAAAAGACUAUGGGCAUCCCUUGAGAAUCGUGAGUGACAGAGACUCACAAGUGAAUAAUGGCAGCACCUAAUGAACGUCUAUGGCUCUAAGUUGACUAUGUCCUCAGGUAGACAUCCUGAGACUAACGGCCCAGACUAAGCAAAUGAACAAGAUUUUGCAGC